CGUCCGGACGCCGUCGCGGCAGUGCAGGCCAGGGCAGUACAGGCUACUCCCGCACCUGGGGUAGCGCCAGCGGAGAGACGCGCGCGCCGCCUUCCCGCCGGCGACAUGGCAGACAACGGCACCUCCGACCACUGCGACCUGCUGUCGCGAGCGACGCGCGACUCGAACAGCAGCACGGUGAACACCAUCUCGGAGGCGGAGACGCAGUGCGUGCUGAACACGUGGUUCCAGCAGCAGUUUACUUACCACGAGCCGCAGCACAUCCUGCUCAUCGCCUGCUACGUGCCGCUCUUCCUGCUGGCCGCCAUCGCCAACACGCUCGUCAUCAUCGUCGUCGUCAAGUACCACUACAUGCGCAGUGUGACCAACUACUUCCUGGUGAACCUGUCAGCCGCUGAUCUGUUGGUGACGCUGAUCUGCAUGCCCAUGGCGGUCAGCGGUUCCGUCAGCAAGUUAUGGCUAUAUGGCAGCAUCAUGUGCAAGCUCACGCACUAUAUACAAGGUGUGGCAGUGGGCGCCAGCGUAUUCACCAUCACAGCCAUGAGCAUUGACCGCUACCUGGCCAUUAGACACCCUAUGGCUUUCCGGAAGAUAUUCAACCGGCGGACCACGAUCGCAGUGAUCGUGGUGCUGUGGCUGGCGGCGCUGGCCAUCUUCUCGCCGCUGCUGCGCGCCUACUCCCUGGCAGAGGUCGCAUCCGGCUACGCGUUCUGCUACGAGAGCUGGCACGACAGCGAGAGGCGCGGCGCCAGUCUCGCGUUCUUCGUGCUGGUCUACGCCGUGCCUGGCAGCAUCGUCGUCAUGGCGUACUCGCUCAUGGGGCGACGCCUCUGCGCCAUCAGCCCUCCCUUUUCCGAGGACAGCAUGGCGUCCACCAAACAGGGCCGGAGCGUGGUGCGCGAGCGUCGGCGCGUGGCGCGCAUCCUGCUGCUGCUGGCGGUGCUGUUCGCGCUGUGCUGGCUGCCGUACAACGCGCUCUCGCUGGCCACCGACAUGCUGGGCGGGCAGGCGGGCGCGCCCCUGCGCACCGCGCUGCGCUUCACGCUGCUGCUGGGCCACGCCAACUCGGCCGUCAACCCGGUGCUCUACUGCUUCCUCACGCGCACCUUCCGCUCGGCGGCGCGCGAGCUCAUCGUCUCGCGCAACUCCCUGCUCGCCUCCCGACACCACCAGAGGCACAAAAUCCGAGCGCCGCCACGCGCGGCGGGUGCCAGCCGGACCACGUCCAGCGGCAGCGGCUUCGACUCGUCGGCGCACAGCCCACAUCGUCGCUGCUACCUGCGCGGGGGGACGGCGCACGGCCCCUAGGACCGGCCUCCGUCUAGCGGCUCGCGGCGCGUCCGCUUCGCCAGCGGCGCCUCGUCGUCGGGCACCGCCAGCAGGGACCUGCUGGCCACCGUCCACCUGUACGACUAGCGCAGCCGCGGCCGCUGGGCGGACAACCCAGUCCCCGCCCCCCGCCCUCACCGGCUCUGUCGUGUCCCCGUCGGCGCGAGAACCUGUUCGGGGCCAAACGCGUGCGCAGAGCUUGCCGCUCGCUGGAUUCGGGACUCAGCGAGCGUUCUGAGUCGUCCGGCGAGUCGGAUCUGUCGUCCAAGUCGGCGCCGCCGGCGUCGCACGGCCGGGUCGAGGACUUCCCGGCGACGACGCGCUCGUAUCACAGGGGCCCGUGGUUACUGAAGCGCGUGGCCAAGAUGUGGCGCUCCGUGAACUCUCACCACAGCCACAACUCUGUCCAGUCUUCUCCUUCUACGGCAUCCGCCCCUUCGGUGAUGCAGAUCUCUGCUGCAGAGAGACAUCCUACAAGACUGACGCAACUCAGUGACUCCGUUGCGGAUCCCCUUACUAUGACUGAACUCGAUGAUUUCCUGUGUGAGCGAUCAGGAAACUCGUCCUCAGGUACUACUGGACAAGUGACGACUGCGCGUGAAGCUCUCGUUCCUGGAAAACAGCGAUCGCACGAGUCCAUCAGCUCCUCGUCAGCCACUUACUACACUGCUGGUAGUUUCUUCACAGCAGAAUCUAACGUAUGAACUUAAGCAAGCCCAAUUCGAGUGAUAUUUCCCACUAUUCCACUAUUUCAGUUUCUUAUUACCUUUCUGUAUCGACAGCGAGCCUUAUAAACUCUAAUAAACUUAAUCUAAGUGAUUGUGGCAAUACGUCUACCUGCUAUUGAGGUUCCGCUGGACUGUGGAUUGCAACUCACAUUAGGCAAAAACUCUAAUUUAAAAAUAAUGGCGUGAAUUGUGGAAAAGUACCCAUCAGAAUACUGAUCGUAGAAUGAAAUGGAACAAAACUCGAUUUUCAUUAUGUCUAAGAUACUAUCUAACCUAGUCAUAACAACGUGUGUUAAUCAUGGGAAUAAUACUUCGUGCAUUAGUGAAUAUAGUGUAUUGUUUCCUAUAUGGAAACAAUGUGUUGUGUACAAUUCCGUAGUUUAUCAACUUCAAUUCUAAUCGGCGCACAUCAAGUAUAAAACGGAAAUAUAGCUCCAAUGGCAUAAGCUGGAGCCAUUAUGAAACAGGUCAUACUGAAUUAUCAUAAUAACUAAAGUAAUAGUCUGAAGUACUGUAAUGUGACCAGUAAUAUCAGUUGGUUCCAGUAUGGAAUUAAUGAGUUUAUUGCUGUUACCUGUCAAGUUAAAGUCGACUACGAGCUGCUAUUACACUUGUCUGCAAAAACACACUUUCAAACUUCAUACAUUUGCAGAGCGACACUGAGCUGACUAUGGUACCGGACACACUGUUUCCUGAUGCAGUGAGAGUGUACUACCUAUUGACCUAGUAUGAAGGAAUUAAUUUUACGACGUCUUUAAGAGUCUCGGUAUUUUUUUUUAAUUCAUAGAAUGAGCUUUCAUUGCCUCUGCAGAAUCGAAUCGUUGGUUUAACCAAUUCAGUGGUGCUACCAAGUUUUAAUGAAAUGUGAUGAGAAACUCAUCUCGUUUGUGACUCUGAAAAUUCCAGAACGUUUCCUAAUGGAUGAUCUGUCAUUAGCUUACACUGUCGCAGCACAGUCAACCGUACAUCAUUUUGUGAUGGAGGACAUGCACCUCGGUAGCGUGAUAUUUACUUUUCCUAUGUGUUCCUAGCUUGGUUCCAUAAAGCAGUUGAUCUCUUACACAUCUUUCACCCGAAAAAUUGUAAGAGGUAUAGUGGUAGCAGCUACGACUUUAUUAUUGCUCUAAGGUAAUAACUUAUUAAGAAUUCGUUUUUGAAUUCAUAUUCUGUUAGAAAUAUACAGGUUAAGAGAGCAGUGGAAGACGAUAAACUGCAGAUUUUGUUUCUUCCAUCGUUACAACCCUUAUCGAUGUUGAAAUUGCACUGUGGAAUACACUAACGUCAUUAGUCUCUCUUGCCGGAUAGACGAGGCCCCUGAUGUUGGGGAAGACACACGGACGUAAGCUACAUACCGAAACGCAAUGCACCAGUGUCAAAGAAAGUGAUGAUCGACCAUCACGAGUGGCGCUGUCCAAAGAAGCUACAAAAUGAUUGAUAGCCUGCUUGAAGAGGCGAGAUAUAGGGCUUCCUUGGCAGCUCUGAAAAACGAUCGCAAUUUGUCAUGACGACGACGCAAAGAGGUUGACGCUUCCAAAGCAAAAACACUUCUUGUAGCAGGGCGGUGUGCAUAGCCAUUCACUUCCCAAAAUUAUUACUGCAUUUUUCUUGAACUAUUUAUUAAGCUGCUUUUAAAAAAAUCUGUUUAGAAGUGGAUUCAGUUACAUCACUUCUCUCGAUCUCCAGAUUUAGAAGUUCGCUUUGUCUCUUUUAUUAGUCUCUGCGGUGGAGAAGAAUUAGAGAAGAGUUGAACUAGUAACGCAGUUAGAAAUCUCAUUACUGAUGACUACUUUGAAACUCAAACGACUCCAUUCAACUUUCAAGAUAGAAUGUAUUUACUUUUUUUAACCCCUUUAAGUCCCAACAACAUGAAAACAAAAAUAUUUUAAAAUAACUCACAAAAGUAACUGUUAUCGUAGUAAGCAACGGGUACAAGCCGAAAUUGGCAAAAAGUAAACCCUCAAUUAUUGUAUGGAGGUGGCUUCGCUUUGGAACAUAAUUUUAAAAUUUUUCACUACGUUAGCCGUUGUAAUCAACGAACAGCAAUUGACACUCACUUGCUUUAAGGAUCUGGUCUCGUUUUGGAAUAUAGUUAUCAAGCACCCAUCUUCCCAUGUGAUACAUCUGAAAUCAAACUGACAUCCUUCAUAGACACAAUCCUAGAGGGAUAAAUUUCCUUGAACACAUGAUAUAUAAAAUAUAGUAUUACCGAAAUGUGAUUAGAAGCUCAUCUCGAUUUUGAAUCUGAAAAAUGGCCUGAAAUUUAAUAAAUUUUGUAUCAAAACCACGUACGGCACCAGUGGCUUAAUUUCGAAGCCACUCACAAAAGCAAAAGUGUAAACUCAAAUUUACGUUAGGCAGCAGAAGAAGAACAUCUUAUCCGAGAUCUCUACAAAAAAAAAAAAAAAAAAAAAAAAAAAAAAAAAACUCUAUUCUAGUUAACCGAUUUCGAUGAAACUAAGCUACCAUUCAGCUCUUACGUUACUGCAAACAUCUUGUUUGUAGUAACAAAACAUAACACGGCAUGCCUACCACGCGCCAAAAGAAUAACUAAGACAGUUAAUCUUGUGUCUCCCUGACAGGCACGACGUGUUAUGUUAUGGGAAUGAUGUUCCAGCGAAUUGCGAUGCACAUAGUAAUUUUAAUUCUGACGUGCCACCGCACCGCUCGUUUAAUUAUUUAUGUACCUCAGAAUUCAAUGGAAAGCUUUUGUGUGUAGGUGGCACAAAACGUUUGCAAUAACCUUUAUGAAGAUUUGAAGAUAGCAGCUUACUUUUACGAAACCGGUUAUCGACAAUAAAGUUUUUUUAUAGCGAUCUCGGUUACGAAGUUCUUCUUCUCCUAAUUAAUCACUACAGAUAGGUCCUACGAACUCAACGAAUCAAUCUUUCGUUACAAUAUCUUUAGAUAUACUUACUUUCAAUGUCAGUCAACUCACAAAGGCCGCUAUAAAUGAACCGUCUGUCACACUCUCCUACAACGAUGUAGCUCUGUCUCCUCGCUGAUAUGGCUUUGGAGGGUAUGACGACAGCUACAAUGCACUACAUUCGUAGAAGUGCCCAUAGGUGUGUCUGUGUAGCAGCACCAUAGGAGGUUUCAUGUUAAAGGCACUGCGGCUUAAAAAAAUGUAACGAGCUGGCGGUUUCAGGCAAACAGGGCUGGUUAAACCAUCCUAUUGACACGUAAGUCACCAAAUUCAGGUCAAAUUGUAGGACAUCCCUUACGUUCAGAGCAUUUAUUUUGAUUUAAAAUAGGAAUUGAGUGGUUGUAAUUCCUAUGACCCCUUCGACAUUUCGAGAAACAGUUGAAAGUCAUUACUAUUCAACUAAAAAGAUCCAUAUCAUUUUCGCAUAAAAACGUUAGUGAUUACUGUCCGCCUCAAUGAUUACUUUGCGUGCUCUGAAUCGUUUUGCGAAAAUACGCAUCGUCUCCUGUUCCAGUCCGAUAAUGAGGAGCUUCUUGCAAGUUGCGCUAGGGAUAUAAGGAACGUUGUAGAUUUGUAUAUGAAUACUGUAAAUAUUCAAAUAAUACUGUACCUUAACCGCUUUUACUAUAGGAUUAUGGAGGUUUCUGUGUACCGAGUUCUGACACAUUUUAAAUGGCUUCCGGCCAACAACUGUUAUGAAGAAGGAGAUCCCAGGCUAUAAAUGAAGUGCUGAUUCUCGGAAAAAUUCUUCAUCGACAUAUAAUUUAGAUUUGCUAUUCCAACAAACAAUACAGGCCACGAGUGUGACGAAAUCUUUAACCUAAAGGCUGCUGAAUCUUUGUAACAUAAAUUGUACAUAAAACCUGAUCGAUGUUGUUAAAAUAGGUUGCUGAUGGUAAAAUAAUAUUCAUUAAGACGUUGAAAAUAGAAAUGGUACAUUGAGUUUUAGAAAUAUGUUACCUACACUCGGCGACUGUUAUCAUAGCUCGCGAACUUCUUGUAGUCGCACCUGUAACUCGUGCAAAACUCUUUGUUGGGUAAGUACGUGGUGUUUUUCCUUGUAUGUCUAAAGGAUGAUAUCUGCACAACGGAAUAUUAAUUACAUCUAUUUUCAUUUGCACUGCAAAACCAAAUACGAAGAGUUAAUUUUGCCUUCAGCAACAAGGAAAAUAUGAAGUGUAUUAUUGUGCGCAUUUUGCUAAUUUUGUAGCUGUGUUGACUUAUUAUUCUCUGUUACGCAUCUGUUGCAGAUUCUCAUAAGUCUUGUUGUAUGGAUGUUUUAAGAUGUAGUAAGUACCAUGUAGAAUUAAAGAAAAUAUUUUGUAAUACGAAAUACCUGUCAAUCCCUAUCUGUUAGUGUAAGGAGAAGGACAUCUUGCGACUCAUUGUCAGUGUCUAUCACAAGUGUACCCAGCCGAUUUUCCUCCUUGUUCGGUACCGGAAUAAUACAAAGUGAAUCGAUACUUGAAUUUAUAGUUGUUAUUCUCACGAGGUUCUCCAGGACGUACAAUCUGUGUACGACGGCUCCAGUGUCAUGGGCCUUGCAUCAGCAACAUAAGAUUUAUUGUUAAGACUUUUGAUUUCUGCCUGCAUCUCUCAAAAGGUUGCAGCUGUCUCUAUAGUGUAUGGUUACUGUUAUUAAUGUUAAUAGUAAUGUGUAUGUAAUAUGUGUGUAAACGGCUUGUAUUUGUUUCUUAUGUCGUUGUUGUUGCUAUUGUUACUAAGCACAUAGCCUCAGGGCAGCAUUCGUUUCA